AUGGAUUCAGAGAUUUUAGAGCUAAGAGCUCUUGCCAGCACCUCGGCUAGCUCACAGCUGGUGCCCAGCUCCGCGGCGAUAGCAACCCCAGAGCCUCCCCACGGGCAGCUCUGCGGCUACAACGGGCAAGAACCGGACGUGGGCAAAGGGCAGACAAGGCUCCCCCCGACCCAUGUGCCCCAGACACCUGGCCCAGGUGUGACAUCCCCUCCCCCAUGUUCCUCUAUCCCUGGCGUGGACACUCACCUAUCCAGGGGCGGCUCGCUCUCCUCCUCAGUCCUCUCCUCUCUCCUGCGGCUUCUCGUCCCCGGGCCCCCCGCCCGGCACAUCUCCCGGAGCCGAGGAAGGGGGGUGGUGGCGGAGAGAGGGCGGGCUCCGGGGCUCCCCCUCCCCCAGCCCACCGCCACCACCACCAAAAAUUUAGCGGGGGAAAAAAUCGAAUUUGACAAUCCACUCCCCAGCUGGGUGUGGGGAGGGGGCGCAGGCUCCGGGGCUGGAGGUGCAGAUCGGGGCGAGUGGGUCUUUUUCCCCCCUGGUGUGGGAGGGAGCUGGGGGAGGGGAGUGGGCAGCGUCAGGGCUCCGGGGCCCGGGGCUGGGGCGAGGCGGCAGCGACACGAGCGGGCAGCAUCUCUCCCCCGCUUUCUCUUGGCUCCCCCGACGGCGGCGGCGGCGGCACGUGUGAGUCCAGCCGACUCCCCCCGCCCCCCCUCCGACGGCGGUGGCGGCGGCGGCGGCGGCAGCGGCGGCGAAUGGGUUAACGGGGCAGCUCCAGCCCCCCGCCCGCUGCCCCCAGCCGGGCGAGGCCGCUCCGGGACUCCCGCUCAGCCAUCCGCCGGGGCCUCCUCUGCGGAUGCGAAACUGCGGGGGACCCAGGUCCCAGGACAGCUACCUGGAAUACUGCUGCUGCGGCGGCUGCUACGAGAACGAGGGGCUCCCGCCCCUACGGCUCGAGCUCCCUGCAGUGCCCGCGGGGGGCUCCAAGAGAGCGGGGAACUUGGGGGGAGGUGGCGCGGAGCUAAUGGAGGAGCUCGGGAAAAGGGGGGGCGGCUAGAGAAGGAGACGGUGGCUGGCGGCGCGUUGCAUCGUGGGGGGGAGGGGCGGAGCUGGGGCGGAGAGGGGCGCUGGGCCCUGGCCCCUUUUUGCACCUCGGGAUGAACGGAUGGAGCCGGCGCCCGGACACAGCAAUGACAAGCCGCCUGCCUGUUCUCUUCGCUCUCCAGCGCACCAGCUACGGGAGGGGAGGAAAAGGAAGGGGGGGCGGUAGGUAGCGGCAAAACUCGGCCUGGAGCUCCCUACAGGACUGGGGCCGUUGCAACCAGCACCAAUGCAGCGAGGGAAAAAACAAAAACACGGCUUGGAUUUCUUUUUCUCUCUCCCCCCCUCCGCCCCCCAACUCUCCCGCCAGGUUUUUCCCCAGUCCCAAGAAAAAUUAGGAAAGGGGGAAUGAGACGUGCCAAAUUUAAGAAGGGAUAUGAAAAACGAGGAUUGGAUUGAAUUGAGAAUGGAGAAGGGAUGCGACAUGCCCAAUUGCACCGGGGGCAUGCAAAUUGCGGACCGGAUUCCACCCUGGAAGACGGAAGACUGCGUCAUGCCCAAUGCAGUGAGAACAAGAAAAAGCCAGGUCUGGAUUUUCCCAAGAACAGGGUCGGUUUGGGAGGGUAAAGAAGGAAGGAAGGAAGGAUGGAUGUAAAGUGGUUGAUGCAGCGUGGGCAGGUCUCGGUUGCUCAGGCGGCUACGUGCAAAGGGAAAAGACAAAAUGCGGGCAGGAUCCAGGUGUGAACGGAUCUAGGCAAGCUUCUUGCACAGGGGACCAGCAUAGAAAGGCUUAAGAUUUGGAUUUUUAAGGUGAUGAAAUGGGACUGCCGGGAGGAAGCCUCUGCUCAGGCGAAACCAAUAAUGAAUGGAACUGAAUUAAAUCUGGGACGGUCAUAUGUCUGAUCUGGAAGGCCUAAUAUAGAAGACCGGAUGCAGGCAUUAAUUCGGUCAAGACUAUGUUUUAGAUGGGGUGUGGUGGGAGUUGAGGAUAGGGUCUCAAUAAAUAUCUCUUUUACUUCUGGGAA